AUGAGUCCGUACGACAAAUACUGCGGCGGCUUCUACACCGCGCUGACGAUGGCGGCGUUUGAGGGCCUCGGCUACCACAAGGCAGUGUGGGGGAUGGAGGAGACGAUGGCGUGGGGCAGAGGCGCGGGCUGUGACUUCCUGGACAACAUGUUCUGCGUCGCCGACCUCCACACGUUUUGCGAUACUGCCGAUCACCAAUCGCUUCGCCGGACUUCGGGUCGUCAGGCUGUUGGGGAAUACGCCGGCCGCGUCGGCGACACCGCGGCAAGAACGCCAGAGAACUGCCCCGUUGUGGAUGCCAAUAGAGGUGGCGGCGGCAACAGGUACGGCUACCUAACGUGCGCUGUGACGCGGCCGGGCGUCUUCCCUGGCUCUCUUCCUGGCGGCGGCUCGUGGUGCCUCGAUGCGGAGCCGCGCCGGGCUGAGGCUGAGGGUGGCGGUGCCGCCGGGGUGUCCGACGCCCACGCGGUGUGUGCGCGGGUGAAGCGCGAGGAGGGCAAAGUGUUGGUGCGGUACCUCGGCGGGAGCGACCUUGAGUCGUGCCCCGCGGGGACGUCUAUCUCGCCGAAAUCGUCACACUUCAAGGACGGCGGCAGGAUCAAGUGCCCGAAGUACGAAGAGGUGUGCACGAUCGCCGCCAACGGCAGUGGCCUUCUUACUCAGGUUACUUCCGGCGACUGUCCCGGCGGAGUCGGCGAGGAUGCAGCUCCUCCUUGCAUUGCCGCCCUCGCUUUGUUUGCUUUGGCUCUACUUUCUGCUGUGGCGGUGCCUCUUUGA